UCACUGCUACUUGUCAGCUGUUCGCGCCAAAAAUGCACGAACCAAGAAUGAAUCGUACGUUCAACAGCUGCGCGUAAUGACAGUCAGAGAAACGGAAUUUUAUUACUUUUUUUAUACUUUUGAAAUUUUAUACUCGCUUUUUCUCUUUGGAAAUAUUCGAAAAACUCUUUAAUGAUGCUCAACAUAUAUUUUUUUCCAUUAUUUUCCACUCAACAAUUGGCAUACACACAAACGUGGGAACAUACCCACAUGAAUCGUUUGUUGUGUUUGUGAAACAUUUACUUUGUUUUGCUUUCUCUGCUCUGCAAUGACACAUAACCUACAAUUCGAUUAGUACAUAAUCAUGCUAUUGAAAGUAGUGAACGUUUUUGCUUUGGUAAUUUUUCUAAUAUCAUUAGAAAAUGCCUACGGUUGGAAGUUAUUUUCGAAAGGACACCGGAGCGGUGGCAAUUUGAUUCCACCACAUAAAAAUGUAUCACGUGAACAGCUUCCACCAGAUCAGUGGUUUGACCAGAAACUCGAUCAUUUUUCCGAUAACAACAAUGAACUUUGGAAACAGCGUUAUUUUGUGAAUGAUACGUUUUAUAAAAGGGGUGGACCAGUGUUUUUGAUGAUCGGCGGCGAAGGUGAGGCAUCACCGAUUUGGAUGGUUCAAGGCGCCUGGAUUCAUUAUGCCCGUGAAUUGAAUGCUCUCUGCUUUCAAGUGGAACAUCGAUUCUAUGGAAAGAGUCGUCCAACUAAAGAUUUAUCGGUUGAAAGCCUAAAGUAUCUCUCGUCCGAACAAGCUCUUGCCGAUUUGGCCAAUUUUAUUGAAGCCAUCAAUGCUAAAUACAAGUUGGAUGCGGAUGUAAAAUGGAUUGCAUUCGGCGGUUCGUAUCCUGGAUCACUUGCGGCUUGGGUUCGUGAAAAAUAUCCAAAUCUCAUUUACGGAUCGGUGAGCACAAGCGGUCCAUUGUUGGCUAAAGCUGACUUUUAUGAAUACUACAAUGUCGUAAAUGCAUCACUGGCAACGUAUUCAGAGGAGUGUGUGACUGCCGUUCAAAAGUCCAUUGAACAAGUUGAGAUUUUGUUGCGUCAUAUGAUCGGACAAAGAAGUCUAAACGUUAAAUUCAAGCUCUGUGAUCCAAUUGAAAAAUCUAUUGAAAAUAUAAUGGAUAUUUCGAAUUUCUUUGAGAGUCUUGCUAGCAAUUUUGCCGGCGUCGUGCAGUACAACAAAGAUAACAGCCCACAUGCAUCACUCACCAUUGAUGAUGUUUGUAAUGUAAUGGUGAAUACCUCGAUUGGUGCACAAAUCGACCGUUUGGCAGAAGUGAAUACAUUGCUUCUCAAACAAGGCAACCAAACAUGCCUCGAUUACAAAUAUGACAAAAUGGUCAAGCUGAUGCAAAACACAUCUUGGGACUCAGAUGAAGCCAAUGGAGAAAUCCAAUGGACCUAUCAAACAUGCAACGAAUUCGGUUUCUACCAAACAUCAGAUGAUAAGCAACGAAUUUUCGGCGAUCGUUUCCCAUUGGUGUUCUUUGUGAAACAAUGCACGGAUUUCUACGGCCGAGAUUUUGAUGCUGAUUAUCUGUUCAAUUCGAUCAAUAAAACAAACAAAUUCUAUUUCGGUUUAAAACCGAACACAACGAAUGUUCUCUACGUCCAUGGAUCAAUUGAUCCAUGGCACGCGUUGGGAUUGAUUGAAUCAGAUGAUCCAAAAUUGCCAACCAUUUACAUCGAAGGAACAGCCCACUGUGCCAAUAUGUACGAGCCAAAAGACAGCGAUUUUCCUCAACUCAAGCAAGCUCGCGAGAAGAUUCGCGAAUUCCUACGCGUUUUGAUCAGCGACGAUAGCACCAAUGACAUUUAAUCACAUGCCACAGCCGUGGAAAGUGAAAAUUUACCAUAUCAUCGAGUCUCUCUGUAAAAAAAAACCAUACCGAAAUCCUUGUGAUGCCAAAUAAUGUCUCUUUAUUCAGAAAUCGAAACGAAAAGACUCAUCUAUGCCUUUUUUUAAGUUAUGAAUAAAAUGUUUUAUUAGAAAUCAA